AUGCCAGAAUCCCCCGUACCUUCCCAAGCGCAGUCGCGUUUCAAAGCGCCAAACAACAUGUCGACGCAAGAGCGCAUUUCAACCAACACUGUGGGGCUCGUGAACCUGUCAGACUUCCGCAAACGCAGGGCAGAGGUACUGGAACAGCAGGAGCGCGAGGCUAGGGAAGCGCUGCGCUCAGGUACGACGACCCCUUUGAUCGACCGGUCACAGAGCGCGACUCCGAAUAACCUGAGCGAUGGGGUUAGCGAACGGCCAGUGAAGAAACAGAAGAAACCGAAAAAGGCGCUGGUGUCCUUCGGCGAUGACGACCAAGACGACGACGCGGGCCCUCCCUGGACAUCCAAGGCCAAAGCAGACAACGUCACAAAUCGGAACAGCAAGCGCGGCGAUCAAUCGGACCCCACUACCGACGGCGUCCCAGACCCUGGCCACAAGGACAGCAAGAAGCCCGCCGGGAAGAUCACGGCCAAUACCUCUGUCGGCUUUGUCCCCCGCGCCAUGACCAAAUCAGCACUACGGCGCGAGGCGGCCGAGAGGGAUGCACUCAGGAAGGAAUUUCUUGCCCUCCAAGAAUCGGUCAAGGCCACCGAAAUCGCGAUGCCUUUCGUCUUCUACGAUGGUACAAAUAUACCUGGCGGCACGGUCCGUGUCAAGAAGGGCGAAUUUGUCUGGGUGUUCCUGGACAAAUCGCGCAAGGUCGGUGCCGAGCUGGGUGUUGGCGGCGAGAAAAAUGCCAACGUGAGGAGGGAGUGGGCUCGCGUUGGCGUCGACGAUCUAAUGCUGGUCCGUGGCACGAUGAUCAUUCCGCACCACUAUGAAUUCUACUUCUUCAUAAUGAACAAAACGGUGGGGCCGGGCAACGUCCGCCUGUUUGACUACAGCGCCGAAGCUCCCCCCAAGGCUCCCAGCGCUUCGGGGUCGCCCGAACCACAGUCAAAUCCCCUCUCAACAUUGGCCCGCAAGGGUGGUCUCAACAGCAAUCUGGCGGACAUCAACACCCUCGAGGGUGCAGACGAGGAUCCAGCGUUCACCAAAGUCGUCGAUCGGCGUUGGUACGAGCGCAACAAACACAUCUACCCGGCGAGUGUGUGGCAGGAAUUCGAUCCAGAGAAGGACUAUACAUCUGAGGUCCGGAGAGACACCGGUGGUAACACUUUCUUCUUUUCAAAGUGA